CGUUCUCCGCAAGCGACCAUGCCAUCAGAAGAGCGUGGUAGGUAUGCCAUUGCUGGUGUACCUGGCGCUUCACUCCAGUCUGUUGGACCGGAUGGGCAACCAAAGCGACAGCUGUUCGAUUUUGGAGCCACCAAUGAAAAGCGUUCGCGGGAUCGCCGUCGCAAGAAGGAAGGCGGGCAAAAGCGAGAAACAGUAUCAGUUGCUCCAAAGACCAUACUACAAACUCCAGUUAUCCUAGAACGGCGCGAUGCAAAACCAUCACCUCAACUUGACAGGAAUCCUCCUUCAAGCCGCUCGAGACCAGAAGAUAUGCACCCCAUGCAAGAGGAGGCUCCAAACGCUGCUUCUAUUACAAAAAUUAUGGAUUCCUUUGAAAGUUUUCGUGUCGAUGCUGCGCUCAGGGCAUUAGCAGACUAUCCUGGACAUUUUGUAGUAGGAGUCAUUGGAAAGCAGGGUGCUGGUAAAUCUACUGUUUUGUCUGCCUUCUCUGAGGAUCCCCAAAAUACCUUUACAAUUGCACCAGCAACGAAACCUUUAGAUCAUCAGACAACUGGUAUUGAUAUGUAUGUCACGGCUGAGCGUAUCAUUCUAUUGGAUACACAACCCGUACUAAGUUGGUCGGUAUUGGAGCAUACAUUGCGUUAUGGCUCUCUUGACGGAAUCCCUGCCGAGAUUUGGCGCGACCUCAAGUCCCUUCACAGUAUCAUGUUCUUAUUGGCAAUUAGCGACGUAAUACUGGUGGUCUCAGAAGGCGCAGAUGCUGAUAUGGAGAUGAUUCGAUGUCUGAAACGAGCGGAUAUGUUGAAACAUGGUAUUCCUGAGUUUCCUCUCAUUCCGUUGGAGAAACUAGGCUUAAGUCGGCCUGAGAUGAAUGUUCAACCUCAGAUAGUUUUUGUCAACAACAAGUGCAGCGAAUUAGAGCUCUGUCAGCAAGUAUACGAUCGUAAUAAUUUGUUAUUAAAAUCCGUACUCUCGGAUUCCAAGCUGGAGUGGCAGGGCUUGAUCUCCUUUUCAAAUGCACUUCCACGUUUCAACAAGGAUACAGAGUUACCCAAUUUGUUUCUUCUUCCUUAUUCGUGGCAUUAUAAGCAUAGCGAGAAGGUUGAGGCUGCUGAAGAACUGGAAUCAAUGGAUGACUUACUGCGGCACCUGAGAAAUCAAGUGUUUGCGGCGACAAGAAAGUCAGGCAAACGUGGGCAAAUAUCUGAAAGAGACUGGUUCCGAAAUGCAGUCAAGACGUAUGACUUGAUAUUGAAAUCUGAAUUGGUGGCAGAGUAUCUCAAAACCUUGCGCCGCAUUAAGAAUGGCUAAAGGAUGAUGCUACGAAAUCAGCCUCUGCGAUUGCCACUGCGUCUGCACAGUUCAAGCUUGAGUCACUCUUCUCGCUCUGUCUCUCUCAAUCUCAUCCUACUCCUUUUGCAUACGAACAAGAACUUGGCUAUCUUGGAACACACCAUA